GUAGGUGGCGGUAAUGCUCCAGACACUAAGGAGUAAACUGAAGAAGAAGAAGAAGAAGAAGCACGUCUCUGUCGGUAGUAUUUCUCUCUGCGGUUCAUCACGCAAACAGAUAUGUUUGUGUAAAGAUGGAGAAGACGUUCAGUCUGUGGAAGCAGCAGUGUCUAGGGAAAGUCGAUCUGAGUAGGAAGUCUUGCGUGGAUGAGGACAUUGAACACGUGGUGUUUCUGCUGAACAGCUGUGAGGAAUACUUCACAACCAGCUCCUGCUCCGGCAGACUAACCCUCAUCGAUGGGGUGAGAGAGAGUCGACUCAGGACUGGACCUGAGGGACUAGUCUACGGGGUUUCAGACUAAAGCUGUGUGCCAACUUUAACGGACUCAAGCUAACAUGGUUUUAAGAUGGGUUUAGACUUUUUAGAAAACAGCACUAUGAAUGCGAUCUUCUGCUCAGUACUGUCUGGUACGUUUGUGGUCUAAAUAACAGGCCUCCUCUCUUUCCCUCCAGGUGACAGACAGCUGUGGGGUCCAGAAACAGAACUGUGUCUGGCUGUUUGUCUCUCAUCAGAAAUGCAAACCUGAGGACCUGGUGAGAUAUAUACACGGCCCUAAAGUCUCACGCACUGAGCGUUGAACACGCAUUUCAAUAGAUCACAUGACAUUUCUCACGCUGAGAAAUGACAAAGCUCGCCGCGCAUUAAUAACAUUUCAUAUAAAAGAGAUAGCAAUCCUAUGAAUGGAUGAGGCGAGCGCAGGCUGCUUGAAAAUAGUAUUUCUUGUUGCCAGGUGAAACAGGAAUAGCAUUGUUGUUAUAAUUAAUUACGAUGAUAACUAUUAUAUUAUUACAUGAUCUUCAAAUACUCUAUCCCCACCCAAUGUCACUUCAAGCUUAGUUCACAACUUGAGAGCCUUGUACGACAUCUGUUAUGAUUGUGUGACUGAAUUGUGUGUGUAUAUAUAUAUAGGAGUUUUACUACAUGUGGUUGUUUUUCCACAGAUGUGUGGUCUGGCCAGGUCCAGGGCAGAUGCAGUGCUUAAGUUUGAACCCUUUGUCCUCCAUGUUCAAUGCAGGCAGCUGAAGGAUGCUCAGCUGCUGGUAAGCAUGAGAGUUCAUAAGUGUCUGCUCAGUCUUAUACAUGUUUUUAAAGAGUAAAUUUGAUGAUUCAGUCAGUCAUGGAUAUAAUUAAACUUCAACCCUUCUGCUGAACCUUUUCUCCAUAUAUGUGUCAAGUAAGUUCAAGAGAAAUAGUGAGUUAUAUUCCAAAGACUGGCAAAGCUGGCAUACCAGCAACACUGGUGUUUCACGUGCACGUUUUCUGCCACCUUACAUCCCUAGAAAAUGAUGACAUUCCUGAAAUGGUCAAAUUCUCUGCAGCUCUCUGUACUAAAUUACUAUACUCAACUUUUUGAGUGUUUUUUCACGUGUGUCCCAAUAAUUUUCUAAACAUCAAAUUCAAAGUAAGCAUUGAACGUUGGGGGGGGGGGGGGUCCAUAGCAACGUCUGAAAUUAGUGUAUUAUUGUGAGUGUGACAUGUGAACACUAAUUCUAGCUCUCUAUAGAGAAAGUAUAGAUGAAGUCCUGUUAUGACUCCGUUUGUGCUGCAGUUUAUUAACUGAACUUGUUAACCCCCCACCCACCCAGCACUCAGUGGCCGUCAACUCGGGCUUCAGGAACUCUGGUCUCACUGUCAGCAAGACAGGAAAAAUACUGAUGGUAUGGCUGCUUAUAUUAUUGAUUUUUAGUAUUUGUACAAAAACAGUUUUGUGUCUUUUCUAGUCCUGCUAGUCUUCCUCAGUCAGUAGUCUAAAAUGUUAAACUUUCUGUGCAAUAAAGUACAAACCCCUUUGCUUUGCCACAUGGGUUGCUUGUUUGUAUUAUUUACAAAUGUGAAUGUAUCAAUACUUUGUUGGGCCCCAAAGGCAGUUCGUAGCACCCAUGGCAUGGAGGUUCCUCUCACGAAUAACGGGAUAUUAAUGGUUGACCAUGAGUAUAUUCAUUUCCUGACCAAGAUUGCCAACCAGAAGAUGGAGGAGAAUCUGAGACGGAUUCAGAGGUAAGUGGACUGCCUGACAGACUCCCAGUCAAUGAUGUUAUUCAAGUCAUCAGCUGUUUCUUUCUUAUGUGACAAUCAGAGUUCAUGUCACAUACAUGUAAAUCCUGAUGCAAGCAGGUAAAGUCUGGACUCUCUGUCUGUGUUUGUUGCCAGGUUCCACCAGAAUUUUCAGUCAGCAAUGUCUAGAGGUCAAGUCCAAAAACAGCAAAUCCCAAACACUGAUAUCUCAGAGGAACUACAAAAUCCUUCUCUCAGACUGAUGGAAGAAACACAAGAGGAGAAAUCAAAGGACAGGAAGAACAAAAGAACUGUUUACAAGCAAAAGAAGAGUGGAGAUGAACUACAGCAGACUGAUGCUUGCUGUGCUGAUGGCUCUUGUGGUGAACUUGAUCUGGAAGACUGUCUUGAUUUGUUCAGUUGAACUUUGGCUGUGCAAGCACGCUAACAUGCUACUCUACCAAGGUGUUGUUUUUGAUUGUGUUGCUGGUUAACUUUCUCAUUUGAGAACCAGAGGCCGACAAAACAGAGGAGUGUCAGCCUGCCCCUAAGGUUUCAGACAGGAGGUUGUUACUCAGUAAAAAAAAAUCCCUUUUUGAAAAAACAACCAUCACAGAGAGAAGUGAAAUCUUUUUCAUGUGCAUAACCAUCACCAAAAGAGGCACUGGAGCCAGAUUGGGUCCAAAUAAAGAACUGUGAAAUUAUGAAUACCAGUUGAACCACAGCUCACAUUUCAGCAGUUCAGAAAACGUGUAAGGUGAGUUGACAAAUAAGUAAUGACAAGCAGAUCUCUUGUAAAAUCACACAAAUAUACAAAAACUUUAGGUAUUGAUGAUGGGGAAACUCGUUCUUUGGAAAAUACAAGCAGCAACCAAAUUGUUUUAUUUAUUUUAAGAUAUGCACCUAAAUGAGCUUAUGUAUGUAAAUGUGCCAGAUUAUUGCCAGAUUUUCUAUCUGUGGUCCACGUUGAUGGUAAACAUAUUCCUGUUCAAAAGAUGAAACAAAAUUUUAGGUACACAGAUUCGGACAACAAACAGAGACCAGAUAACAUUAAUGACACCACUUUACAAAUACUCAUGUAUACUGUAACAAUGGAGAAGGUGGCUGUAACACUACGCUCCAGACAAACCAGGAAUAAAGCUAGGGUCAGUGGUAAAUUACAUCAAGCUUUUGAAGUGCAAAGGUAAGCAGUGAAGUGCCAGAGUGUUAAAGCGCUUAGGUGCUGGUAAAAAAAAUUGCACCCAUGAUCCAGGCCUGUUAAUCUAAAGUGGUAGCAUAAUUUAACAUUUACAUUUAUUGCAUAAAAUUUGCAUAAACAUGUUAAUGCAUUUACUUUUGCACAGAGCUAGUAUACAAAGAGUUUUAAUGUAUACGUUAUUGCACUGAAGUCACAUACAUAAAUAAAUGUAUAUAUGCACCAAUUAAAUGGUUACACAUGGUCACAGUUCUGGAUUGUCCCGAGUCACACCUUCAUAUGACCCUUAAAAGUUGCAAGGCUGGAGCAUCCCCUAACUAGGAGAGGUCGGCUAGUCAACAAUGCGCUCCCUUUGAACGACACGGCAUUCUGACUGAAGAUGGAAUCUCAUGGUCACCUGUCCCUGUGGUUUUUCUAACUGAAGAGUCACUCAUUUUUUUCUGGUUUAGUGAAGGUGGUGCCAGCUGGUGUCGUUACGGGUCUCGAGCUGUUUUUUUUUUCUCAUUUUUUUAUUGCUUUCUCUGAGCCGCAUCAUAAAGUGGUCUUUUGGUGUGACAUGCAGAAAUUCUCAGGAGAAGUAUCUGUAUGACUCUAAAACAGAACCACAGAAAUGUGCAGUAAAUCUAAAAUCCUGACCUCUCAGAAUUCUUUUUCAAAUGAAAUAAAAAAUUAAAAAGAACAUUUUUAUCCCUGA